GGUCAGAUUAGCUCUACCUCUACAGUACUAUACGAAUUCCUGUGACACAUUUCCAAUGCGUUUCUUUCCCACCGUGAUCUUAUUUUGAAUAAAGGUCUAAAGAGUAUAUUUGUAAUCUGCAAAGAAAAAAGCUCAAACAAGUCAACAAGAAGAACAUUCGGCCAAUUUCCUUCUUCAAUUCACAAAAGAAUAGGUGAGGUAACCAACGGAUACACUGACUCUCUGUGGUGUUUAAAGGUGCUUAUCGUUCCCUGCCAUUUGUUUACUUGACCAUACGAGGCUCUGUCCCCUGUAUUUGCGCGUCCUGUGCUACUCAAAAUGACCGUCGAGAAACCUUCAUGGCAGGCUAUUGGAGAGCAAAAAAGAGCAAAGCUGCAGGAGUUGCUGCCGCCUUCCUUUAGGAUUGACCCGGUGCCCUCAGCUGACGAGCAGCCCAACGCAACCACCUUCAUUGAGCAGUUCCUUUCACCCGCAGAACGGGACAUUACUGAGACCACAUCUGCCAAAGCGUUGCUCUCCAAGCUGGCAGAUGGAACCUUGUCUGCGGUCGAGGUUACCAAGGCAUUCUGUCAUCGGGCGACCAUUGCCCACCAGUUGCUCAAUUGCCUAAGUGAGGUCCUGUUUGUGCAGGCUUUCGCUCGUGCAGAGGAGCUGGAUGAGUACCUGCGGACUCAUGGGAAACCAAUCGGCCCUUUGCACGGCCUGCCCAUUUCUCUCAAAGAUCAGUUUCGAGUAGAGGGUGCCGAAACGUCACUUGGAUAUGUUGGCUGGCUGGGUAAGGUAGAAACAAAGGAGACGGAAUCAUGGCUAGUGAAGCAGUUGAAGGACAUGGGUGCCAUCAUCUUUGCGAAGACCAAUGUUCCUAGUAGCUUGAUGGCGAUCGAGACGAACAACAAUAUCGUAGGGUAUACCACCAACCCUCAUAAUCGAUUGCUAUCCUCUGGCGGAUCCUCUGGAGGAGAAGCGGCCCUUUUGAGUUUGCGAGGCAGUAUCAUGGGAUUUGGCUCAGAUGUUGGGGCGUCCAUACGCGUACCCUGUUCAUUCACAGGAACGACCGGCCUGAAGCCAUCUCAUGGACGGCUUCCCUACCUGAAUGUUGCCAACAGUAUGGAAGGCCACGAGACUGUUCCAUCAGUAAUUGGGCCUAUGGGCCACAAGGUCUCUGACCUUCGACUCGCUGUUCAGACAGUCCUCGAGUGCUCCCCAUGGCUGGCCGAUCCUAAAGUCAUCCAACUGCCAUGGCGAUCGGAGAUGGAGGACGAGGUGCGUGCGAAAAAGGCCUCGCAGAAACUGACUUUUGGUAUUUUACGACACGACGGGGUCGUGAAGCCUCAUCCCCCGGUAGAACGAGCAAUUGAGCAGGUUGUUCAGGCGUUGGAAAAUGCAGGGUAUGAAGUGAUCGAGUGGAUCCCUCCCGCGCACUCAGAGGCCUUUCAAAUUCUAUGGAACACAUUCGCUGCAGACGGGGGUAUCGAUAUCCACCAAGCUCUACAACAAAGCGGAGAACUUCCAGUUCCCCAAUUGGCCGUUUCGUAUGGCGAGAAACUUGGCCAUCUUCCAGUCGGCUCCGUCAGCGACCUCUGGGGGACCAAUCAGCAGAAAUACAACUACCAGACACGCUACUUGGAAUACUGGAACUCGACAGCUGCUCGUACGCGCACUGGGCAGCCGGUGGACGCAAUCAUCUCCCCCGUCGCUCCGACUGCUUCAUAUCGGCCGUCGGAAGGCAUGUAUUUUGGUUAUACGGGGGUCUACAACGUGCUUGAUUACAGCACGGUAGUAGUCCCCGUCACCAAAGCAGAUCGGACCCUGGAUAUCCCUGUAACGGAUUAUACUCCAUUAAGUGACCUGGAUGGCGCCAUCUGCAAACAAUAUGAUCCAGAUCUUUUCAAUGGAACUCCUGUCGGUGUGCAGGUGGUGUGUAGACGGCUGGAGGAGGAGAAGGUCCUGGCUAUUGCAGAUGAAGUCGAAGCGGUUCUGGGGUCAUCAAUAGCUUAGGCCCUUAGGGUUUGGAGAAGCUUUAAUAUGAAAAUUUUAGUGUACCUCUUGACUCGUAUUGCCGCUCGCUCCACAGUGCUACAUUUUUCAUUGUCCAGGUCUUCUAGAUACCGUGA